ACUACAUCAACUCCAAUCCCUUCAAUGUCAAGCACUAGUAACUCAAACCUUAUUUAUAAUACAUCUAAUUACUUUAUAUCUUCAGCUUCCAAUCCUACGAUCUACCCACAAAUUGGGUCACAAAAUACUUUUACUAGCCCGCAUCUGGCCUAUACACAGCAACGGCGUCCCUUAACCUCAAGAGCAAAACUAACAACCACAUUAUGGGAAGACGAAGGCACGAUAUGCUACCAAGUGGACGCCAAUGGCUUCUGUGUAGCAAGACGGCAAGAUAACGACAUGAUCAAUGGUACAAAGUUACUCAAUGUCGCCGGUAUGUCUCGCGGUAAGCGAGAUGGUAUUCUAAAGAACGAAAAAGGUCGUGUGGUCAUCAAAGUGGGUGCUAUGCAUUUAAAGGGUGUUUGGUAAUUACAUAUGACCAUAUAGACCAUCAUCACACGAUAUGAUUAACAUGUCUCUACUAAGGAUCACGUUUGAUAGGGCAAAGCUAUUAGCGGCUCAGUACAAAAUUCAUGAUCUCCUUUAUCCUUUG